AUGCCAACAGCCAGCCUCGACAGCCUGAUCGUGUCUCCGGUUGAUUUCGAACGGUACAAUGGGCACCACCGCCUCCACACCUUUGAGCUCCCGCGCUCACCGAAUGACUACUCAACUACACCAAUUGAUCCCCAAUGCACGGCUCAAGACGUGGCCCAAUGGCUCAGUCAACCGGGCACAAAAGCCGACCCAGACGACGCCACCAUGAAGAUCCUCCUCAUCCAAACCCGGAACCAAUCGACUGCGAAGAAAACUCCAAGUCUUUCGUCCCCGUCCCCUGCGUUGCUCAGAGAACCACCCCGUCCGCGAACAUCUGAACGAGAGUCACAGGCAGAAUUUGUCUGUGACGUGUUCAAUGGUAUCGGCCUCCCACUCGCCGCGUUUGGUGCCUAUAUCAAAGCACACAUCGCCUUUGUCUGUGUACCUCCGGCAUCAACCAGCAUCCAUGAAGACCCUUCCACCAUGCCAGUAUCGGCCGUCGCAAGCGCGAAAUACUACUGUUCCGGCACCAGCUGGACGAUCGCCUGGUCUUAUAGUGUCUCCCAAAAUCAUACAGCAGCAGUAAUGUUCCACCGUGAAGGCGACGGAGACGAGCGCAAGGCCGAAGUCCUCGCAGACCUUCUCCGACUCCAGACGCACCUUUCCCACCCAAUGCUCCUGGGUUAUAUCAAGACGAAAAUCUCCCUCAGCUUCACCUUCGACAUGCUCGACGACAUGAACCGCGAAACACUCGCUUUGGAGCAAGAAAUCGGGUUUCCGACAUGGAACUGGGUCUUGGACCGAGUAAUGCCAGGUCAAGGCGUGGGCGAAACUCAAGACAACGCCGUCGAAGGCUUCAAUGUUCUCUCGGGGAAACUUACGAACAUCCGCUUCCGCCUACGUACGUUUCAGCAACAAAUCAAGUUCAUAUCGCGGUGCAAUGCCAAACAUCGGCACGCGUUGAACACUAGAGCAGAAACAGCAUCGGGAGGAGGUACAGGAAGGGGAUACGAGGCGGCACUGCGUGAAUGUGACGAACUCGACGCCUUUAUGGACGUCAUGUGGGACUAUACUUUUGUCCACCUCUUCGACGCGGACUCCCUCGGCGAACGCCUCGCCAACGCCAUGUCCGCCGUCUUCCAGCUGACCACACAACGAGACUCACGUGCCAGUCUGGCCAUCGCGGACAUCAAUAAUGAACUCGCGUGGCAAGGCAAAACCACAAAUACAAGCAUGCAAACGAUCGCGUUCGUCAGUUUGCUGUUUUUACCGGGCACAUUUGUGGCCUCGUUCUUCGAUACGCCGAUCUUCAACUUUCCCACUCCUCAGAACGGGAGGCAGGUCGUGGUCCCUCAGCCGUUCUGGAUUUACUGGACAGUCAGUGGCGUGUUGACGCUGGCGCUGGGGGUAGGAUGGAUGAGUUAUCUCAGACGAAGGCGGGAGAUGGAUCUGCGCGAGCGUGAGGGCGAGAGACGCCAGUUCCGCGAACGGAUCCGGCGUAGAACACACGGAGAGGCGGCGGCCGUGGUGUUGGAAGGGAGAGAUCCCCGCUCGGGCAUCGCGGACAGUGUUGAGAAGGGAUACGGUCGAAACUGCGGCUUCAAUUGGGGCUUGGAUUCAGCAGGUAGUUUCAGGAAAACACCAUCGCUCACUAGAGGCAGUGGAUUAAGAGACGACAAACGCCACGGGAAGUGGAGAGUCAAGAAUGACCUCUACAGUAUUGCCGUUCGAGAACCGACGGGGUCCUCCGCCAAUGUCGGCGAAGCAGGCAGAUAUGCCAAUAGUGGAUAUGGGGACUCUGGCUGGCCGACUGCCAGAUCCGCGGCAGCGGCAUGCUUGCAUGGGCUUUGA